AUGUCCAGGUCGAGCUCUGCGGUUCUCCAUCAGAGUUCGAGAUGUGCAACUAAGGUUCCUCGACACUCCAACAUAAUAGUGUCUUCUGCACCAGUAAUCACCAGUUCUUCCUUCACCUCAGCCGCUUCCUCUCCCUCAUUCACAAAUCCGGUCCCCGUGUCCUCGACCGAGAGCUCAUUGUCAAUCGAGCCCUCCCCGUCCAACAGAUGGCAUUCAACAGCUGCAGCUGCAGAAGCUCUUACAGAUGCCACGGCUACAAAGUCGUCACAACCAUCGGCUGGUGACUCAGUGCUCGUCCCGGCGACAACUGCAUCCUCUAUCCUGGCAAAUCCCAGCGACUACAAUCUCAUACAAACACACACGGAGGAUGGCACUCAUUUGCAUAUGCCUGUGUCCUCACGGACAAGUUCAAUAUCAAGUUACCAAACGCCCAUGUCGACAUCAGAAUCCUCCACUGAUGUACUAAGCCCCAUAACGUCAACGAUGUCAACGACACAGUACCCUCACAGCUCUUCUACUUCGUUUAUUCCACACUCAGCAGUAACUAGCGCUGUCACUUCAGCCAAUAGCUCGUCGCAUGGCUACAUAGAUCAGUCGAAUCAUGGUGACUCUCACUCCUCACUGCGCGCAAUCUUGGGAGGCGUUCUAGGAGGUGUAGCUUUUGUUGCUCUUGCGCUUGCAAUAGGUUAUUUCGUGAUGCGUCACAAGCGGCGCAAACCCCGUGACGAGUUGGCCACUGGGACGAGUGAAGAACACCUGCAAGAUGACCGCAGUCCGGCUACUUCCUCAGCAGGCUCACAUCAAGUAUAUCAGUCGUGCGGGUCAUCUUUCACCGACAACUCCUCUACCCCCUCCAGCCCUCUUCGCGCUAUGUUCCCGGUAUCAAUUCCGGCCAAGAGCUACCAAGCGCGUCGGACCCCUUCCGGACCGAACAUCCUCUCCGAUACAAACCCUUUCCUAGACUCUGCGGAGAUCAAGUAUGUGUCGCGUGGUAGUGGCGUUCCCAGCACCGCGGGGACGCUCCGCAACCCGUUCGCUGAUGCCGCUCCAAGUCACACUGUCGUCAUGCGACAAUCAUACAUGUCGCAGCGACCCGCGUCAGCUGCCUGGUACUCCAUGCAUAGUGAUCGCAGCUUAGGCAGUACGGUCCACCUCCCGGGGCGGAGCAGUGCGGGAAGUAGCCUGCAGCGACUCAGCUACCCGUUCACCGUGGCUGAGCUAGAAGCAUGCGAGCCCAUGGCCAGACUAAGCACGCGCAGUGACCCCUUUGAUCUGGAAUGUCCACCCCACGCUAUGCACAGGCGUAGUUCUACCGUCAUACCGGUGGGGCACGUCUAA